GGCCGCGUGUCGCCAGCGCUGCCCUCCCACACGGCCCCGCAGCGCCGCUUCUCGCCUCCCCCGGAUUCCUCCUGGAGAGCCAGCCAGCUUGUACGGGCGGCUCCCCGGGCGUACUGCGGCCAGAGGGCUCGGCUCCCCUCCCCGGACACUUCCCGUCGGAGCCGCAGCACCUCGGCGCGGAGCGGGGCUUUCGGGUGGCCUCGACGGGGCCGUGCGGCGUCUUGCGGGGACCCGCGGUGCGCCCCCGCUGCCCGGCGGCCGCGGCUGAGCGCACAUUGUUCUAGCAGCCCGUCCCUCUCCCCUCCCUCCUCCGCCUCCCGUCCCUCUCUCCUCCCUCCCCAGGUCCCUCCUUCCCUCGUCACCGGCGCCGUAUAAAUCCCCUGCCCCGGCGGAUCCCCCCACCGCGGGAGACCCUGGUACUUUGGCCCCCGGGGCGGGAUCCUGCCGCCGCCUGCGGACCGCUGGGACUUUGCGCUCCCGCCGCUGACCCCUUCUCGCUCUCGCCCUCCCUCCCUCGCACGGUUCCCAACCGGCCUCUUCCCUUCGCAACCGGGGGGCCAGGAUGUCGGAAAAACGCGUUGAGGAGGCACCGGCGGAGCUGAGCGCUAAGGAAAGGAAAGAAAAGAAGGAAAAACUCGAAGAGAAAGCAAUCCACAAAGAAAAGAAGAAGGAGAUAGUAGAGGAUGAGGAGAAUGGAGCUGAUGAGGAUGAUGAAGAGAAUCCUGAUGAUGUAGAUGAAGAAGAAGGUGGUGAUGAGGAUGAAGAAGCAGAUGAGAAUGGGCAGGAGCAGGAUGGCCACACAGAGAAACGAUCUGCAGAGGAGGAGGAGGAUGAAGUGGAUCCAAAGAGACAGAAGACAGAAAACGGCUCUUCAGCUUGAGUCCUCCCCUCCCAUCUCCCCUGUUCCGCCCAUCUCUCCUCCUCCAUUCCAGCCUGUGCUUGCACUGCCCAUUAGCCUCUGGCUUCACACAAUC